AUGGCGGCACUACCUGAGGAGCCGGCGGAGGUGGCGGUGGUAAAGCCGGACCCUGAGGCGGGGACGCCGCCACAGCCCCCUGCUGCUCCUCCAGCCGCCGCCGCCGCUCCCGCCGCUCCCCCGGCCGCGGCGGCGGAGGGGGAGGCGGCGGGGAGCGGUGGGGAGGCGGCGCCCCCUAAGCCCGCGGCACCGGGCCCGGCCGCCUCCCCGGCGACGCUGGACCGGCAGACGCUCGUGGCCGUGCUGCAGUUCCUGCGGCGCAGCAACCUCCGCGAGUCCGAGGAGAUCCUGCGCCGCGAAGCCCGCCUGCUUGGCGAUGACCUCGGUGCUGCUGCCCUCAGCCCCGCCGGCGCCGGGCUUCUGGGAGCCCCGGGCGGCGAUGCGGACUCCGCCGGCGGCGAGGCGCUACUCAGCCGGGUUACCGCCGCUGCCGCCAUCGCGAUAGGAGGCAGCGUCGCCACUGUCGCGUCUUCCAGCCCCGGGGUGGCGGCGGUCGCCGCCGUGCCGCCGGGAAAAGUUGGAGGAGGCGUUGUUGUGGAAGAUCAGCCAGAUGUGAGUGCGGUAUUGUCUGCCUACAAUCAACAGGGGGACCCGACACUGUACGAGGAAUACUACAGUGGAUUAAAACACUUCAUUGAGUGUUCCCUGGACUGUCAUCGAGCGGAAUUGUCUCAGCUGUUUUAUCCUCUCUUUGUGCACAUGUACUUGGAAUUGGUCUACAAUCAACAUGAGAGUGAAGCAAAGUCUUUUUUUGAAAGAUUUCAUGGGGAUCAGGAGUGCUAUUACCAGGAUGACCUGCGUGUAUUAUCUAGCUUAACCAAAAAAGAACAUAUGAAAGGUAACGAGACCAUGCUGGAUUUCCGAACAAGCAAGUUUGUGCUGCGUAUUUCCCGUGACUCUUACCAACUCUUGAAGAGGCAUCUUCAGGAAAAGCAGAACAAUCAGAUCUGGAACAUUGUUCAGGAACAUCUUUACAUUGAUAUCUUUGAUGGAAUGCCUCGCAGUAAACAACAGAUAGAUGCUAUGGUCGGAAGCUUGGCUGGGGAGGCAAAAAGAGAGGCUAAUAAAGCAAAGGUUUUCUUUGGCUUAUUGAAAGAACCAGAGUUUGAUGUGCCUUUGGAUGAUGAAGAUGAAGAAGGAGAAAAUGAGGAAGGAAAGCCAAAGAAGAAAAAACCUAAAAAAGAUAGUGUAGGGUCAAAAAGUAAAAAACAAGAUCCUAAUGCUCCUCCCCAAAACAGAAUUCCUCUGCCUGAACUGAAAGACUCUGACAAGCUGGAUAAAGUAAUGAAUAUGAAGGAAGCUGCAAGGCGUGUGCGUCUUGGCCCAGAGUGCCUGCCCUCCAUCUGUUUCUACACGUUCCUUAAUGCUUACCAGGGUCUGACUGCAGUGGAUAUUACAGAUGACUCUAGCAUGAUUGUAGGAGGCUUUGCUGACUCUACUGUCAGAGUGUGGUCUGUGACUCCGAAAAAGCUACGUAGUGUGAAAACAGCAGCAGACCUCAGUCUCAUUGACAAAGAAUCAGAUGAUGUCUUGGAGAGGAUCAUGGAUGAGAAAACAGCAAGUGAGUUGAAGAUUUUAUAUGGACACAGUGGACCUGUCUAUGGCACCAGCUUCAGUCCUGAUAGGAACUAUCUGUUGUCCUGUUCUGAGGAUGGCACUGUCAGAUUGUGGAGUCUCCAAACAUUCACAUGUUUGGUGGGAUAUAAAGGACACAACUAUCCAGUAUGGGAUACACAGUUCUCUCCUUACGGUUAUUAUUUUGUGUCAGGGGGACACGACAGAGUGGCUCGUCUGUGGGCAACAGAUCACUACCAGCCUUUACGGAUAUUUGCUGGCCAUCUUGCUGAUGUGACAUGUACCCGAUUUCAUCCAAACUCCAACUAUAUUGCCACGGGCUCGGCAGACAGGACUAUACGGCUCUGGGAUGUUUUGAAUGGGAAUUGUGUAAGAAUAUUCACUGGACAUAAGGGACCAAUUCAUUCACUGGCAUUUUCUCCUAAUGGACGAUUCCUGGCUACUGGAGCAACAGAUGGAAGAGUUCUGCUGUGGGAUAUUGGACAUGGCUUGAUGGUUGGAGAACUGAAAGGGCACACUGACACUAUCUAUGCGCUCAGAUUCAGUAGAGAUGGGGAGAUUUUAGCAUCAGGUUCAAUGGAUAACACAGUUCGUCUGUGGGAUGCUGUGAAGGCAUUUGAAGAUUUAGAAACUGAUGAUUUUACUACAGCCACUGGACAUAUAAACUUGCCUGAAAACUCACAGGACUUGCUACUAGGUACAUACAUGACCAAAUCAACCCCGGUUGUACACCUCCAUUUUACACGCAGAAACUUGCUGCUGGCUGCGGGAGCCUACAGUUCACAGUAAAUUGGGAGGCUGUAAGACGACUGUGCCAAGUCAUUGCAGUAGUGACCUCAGGAUGUGAGAUGAGGAGGAAUGUCUUGUACAGGUGGACCCCACUAGUCUGUUGCAGGAAAAAAGAAACUAUGUAAACU